GUAAGCGGGAAAAUGGAUUGAUAAUUUCUGUAAUGUAACCACCAGCAGCUAAAUAUAAAAGCGACAUGUCGCUUCCAAUAUACAGAACUACUAAAUAUCAAUAUCUAUCAAACGGAAGCCCGAGCCGAGGCACAGAAAUACAUUCGAGAAAUAUCAUACGACGAAAACCUCAAAGAAAUCCAUAUUAAUUUCAUCAAUUCAUGAUGAUAUAACUAAAGCAAGUCAUCAACAUGUAUCGCUCCAUUCUCCGGGUUCAACGAGUUAGUCGUGUUGCAUCUCGUCGCACUUACAGCAAUGUACCUGAGAUAAAUCGCGCGUCUACUUUACCAACAAAAGAUGAUGGCCAGCGGGAUCAAUCUACGGAUAAACCUGAGGAUAAAUCUGGGCCAGGUCCAUUCAAACGUUUGAACUUGGUAAAUGAUGAAUAUCCUUCAUACACACGCACCAAAGGUCAAUUUCUUCAAGAUACCACUCGUGGCUCACCCACAGAGCUAGAUUAUGUAUAUCCUGCAUACAAACGCGCCAAUAACCAAUUCAUUCUUGAUACCCCUCAUGGUCCACCUGUGCCUUUGCGGAAGAAUAACGGACCUCCAAAUUUCAUCCGACCUCUUCUCAAUCAUGGACUUUCAGCGCAAGAAAAAGCAAAUGAGGAGUCGAUUAACUCUACCGCCGACCUUGGAGAAGAGAUUGUCCAUCCAAAAUUAGGAAAAGGUUAUCGGGAGAACUCUCGCUUGCUUGAUAAUGGAGCAUUCAUACCAAUCAACUUUGGUGAUGGGCUUGAUGCGAUGUAGGUGCACCAGCCCAUAUUUGUUCAUAAUCUCAAGGGCUAAUGAUUUAACAGUCCACGUCGGUGGCUUAGGUAAGAGAUAAAGACUUUAUUGAAUUUCCAAGGGUGUUAGCCGCUGGAUUGAUGAUAUUUUAGAGAUAAUUGUCGUUGUGCAAAAUGCAGACGUCCUGAUACUAUGCAGCGAGAAGUAAACAUAUUCUCGGUAAAUAUCCCAAUCAUUAGUAUGAGGUGAUUUCUAACAGUUAAAGUCUGAGCUCGAGGUACUCCCUAAUUCUAUAAACCGGGCCAAACAUGAGGGGCUUGAAGUAACAUGUAUGCACUUUGCCGUACAUUCAUCUUCAAUUCUGACCUCGUACAGGGCUGGAUAGCGUAGGUGAUGAUGCUAAGCCAGAUCAUGUUACUAUUUACCCGUGGGACUGGCUCCACAAAUAUGAGGUUUACCGCAGCGCAAAUAGGUUUCGGCAAGAUAAACCUACACUUUUGACUGCCAAGCGGGAAUUAGUUGCUUCAGCGGAAGAAGGAAGUACAAUACCUGAUCCAGAGUAAGCCUGUGUCAUUCAUCAUGUUCUGCACUAUUUUGAGAUAUUUUACAGUAGCCAUGAAGUCGUCUUUUGGGACUCGAUUAUUGGAAAAAACCCACCUACAGUCAACUAUGAUGAAGUCAUGGCCAGCGAUGCUGGUGUAGGGAAAUGGACACGCAUGAUUGUGAGUUGUCUGGCAUUUCCUGUAUUCCAACUAUUCAUUAUUAAUUUUUUCAGCAUAACUAUGGUUUCUGUUUCGUAGAUGGAGUUCCAGUAUGCCCCGAAAAGACUCAAGAGCUUCUCGAGCGCAUCGCCUUUAUUCGACCCACACACUACGGUAGUAUCUAGAUCUUUAAACCCAUUGGCCUUAAUGAUUAGCUGACCUCCCUAGGUGGUUUCUACGACUUCACAUCCGAUCUGACAAUGAAAGACACAGCCUAUACCAGCGAAGCCAUUGGUCCCCAUACCGACACAACCUACUUCACCGACCCCGCCGGUCUCCAAAUGUUCCAUCUCCUCUCUCACACCGAAGGCACCGGCGGUGAAUCCCUCCUCGUCGACGGUUUCUGGGCAGCUCGCUCACUUCGCAAUCGCUACAAAGAUUCUCUGUCAAAAAUAGCUGUUCCUUGGCAUGCUAGUGGUAACGAUGGCAUUAAUAUUACUCCCAAUAGGCCAUAUCCCGUUCUCACGAUGAAUACGAAUCGCAGAGCAACGCAGAUUCGAUGGAAUGAGGCGGACAGGGGAACUAUUCAUCCGGGGUACUCUCAGGAGUGGUACGAUGCGGCGAAAACCUUUAAUGAUAGGGUUAAUGAUCCGAGGUUACAGUAUUGGUCGCAGCUCGUACCGGGACGAGCUUUGAGUGGGUUUUAGGCAUUCUUUUUUGGAAUGUUAAGUGGCUAAUUCUCGGGCAACAGUCUUUGAUAACUGGAGAGUCCUUCAUGGAAGAUCAGAAUUCACGGGUAAAAGACGUAUUUGUGGUGGAUACAGUAAGUUGAAGUCAUCUUUAAUAUCGUUUAUGAAAGGAUUCAAGAUGCUAAUACAACACAGUUAACCGUGACGACUAUGUCUCGAGAUACUUGAACACAAAUUUCACCCGAGAACAAAUCUUGGAGAAGAUACUAUGAUUGGGGAUAUGUUGGCUAUUUUCAAUAUCUCUUCGCUAGGCAGCAUAGUGAAUAUGACAUUCGAUCAAUAUAUAUUGGUGGUCUAGCUCCUCGACCGAUAACUCUGCAGAAGUUUACAGCGACCUUUUAUUUUCAAGCACAGGGUUUCAGUGAUCAGGACUUACUCGAAGCCCUGGUCGAGCACGCACGUCGAGAAGAAGAUGCUUCUCUUCCACUAUGUAUACCUCAAUCGAAUAGCUGCAUAUUUUACUGUUCCAUAUGAUUUAAUAAUCCUUGUUUCUUUGGCCCCUAUAUCUCUUCUUCGGGAUAAUGGUCAAGUAUUGAAUGGGAAGCACCUACUUUUUUAACAAUCAGUUUUUUUGACUUACAGUCUUACUUUGUAAUCAAUACCAGCGUUUACUGAUCAUAUGAUUUUAUUUUGUGUAAAUUAAUAACGCUGUAUUGAGACGCUAAUUGUGAC